AUGAAUAGUCAUCUCUGGUACAACAUCGAAGACAUCGUAUACAAAGUGUUCGAGCUGCUGCAAGUGGACGUCAUAAAUGCCAGUGGCAAUGUGCAGGACGCGACCCUAUGUCGUCAAGCGCUUGCUCGCGACCGACCUUUGCUUGAGCUGCUGUAUAUCCUUGGCAAUGUGGAGAGCUUAUCCGACUACUCUCCCACAGCGUACAACACCGGCAUCGGUCUCAGCGAUACGCCUAUCAAUCUUCCUGUCUUGAGCGUCCAGGAGAAUAUCAGAUUAGACCCCUUCAGGUCGUCCGCGGGCUCAGCUAUCUGGCCAGAGAUAGCGUUCUCCAUGGACGGUAUCCUGAUAUUACCUCGACUCACCUCGGUCUAUGUGACUUCCAUAUUCUCACCCUUGCGUGGUCAUGUCCUCUCUUGCCAUAAUCUUGGAUGCCUUGCUCUCAUCCAUCCAUUCAUACGGAGGCUCCGGCUGCGACUAUCCAGAAAGGGCAAGGUCGAUGAGGCACUCCACCGCAUCAUGUCUCAUAUUGCUGCCACGGCCCAGAGCCUGGAAUACUUCCGCAGCAUGUACUCUCCCGCGCAUCUUGGCGAUCCCGGACUUCUAACCCACUUAACCCGUAUACGCCACGUGACGAUCGAUGGCGAUAUCCAUCCCAGCGACCUGCGAGAUGUGGCUAGACUCUCUGGUCUCAAACAUCUGUCCAUCCCUGUUUCCCCGUCAUUCAGUACUGCCCGUCUCGUCUCCUCAUCCAUAACGGAUCUCCCUGCGGUCACUCCAUAUCACCACAGAGAGUUCCGCGAAGUCACCACUUGGGGCAGACACCUCUCAGCUCCUUCACAUCGUGGCUGCCGGGUCACGACGCUGGAGAUACUGUCCAUCAAGUGGCAGGAUGACUGUGCGCGACGCGUGGACGCCCCCAUCCGCGCGCCGUACUGGGCGGGGCAGCUGGCGGAGAUCACGGAGCCCCUUCUACCUCUGUGCGCUCUGCGUGAGGUGUCGCUUGAUUUUGGGGGCUAUGACCUCGAGUACACGUCCCGAGACGUGCAGGCGCUCUCCAAGGCCCUGCCCAGCCUGGAGGAACUCCGUUUGUACUUCCGAACGGCCAUUGGGCCUCGCUCCGGGAUAGAGUCGCUCAUCCAUUUCGACAAUUGUCCGCACCUACACAUCCUGCAUCUGCCAGGGAUUGAUGCCGCAGACGACAUACUUACCGCGGCCGGGACUCCUGCGGCCCCGCAUCCGACUCUGCACGAGCUUGUCAUUGAGCGCGUGGUCUUCCGAGGGACGGAUGAAGCCAAGGUGUCUGCAGAGAUGUGGCAAUCCAUCGCGCGACAGUUCCCGAAGGCCACUCGACACGCCACGAUCGGUCCGAAGGAUUGA